UCCUAUCCGAAAUUGACACGUCUCCCUCCUUACGUACGUACCUACCUACCUACUUUAUCGUGCUUCAUGCUUGUGUAGCGUGUCGGUAAUGAUUUUUCCAAUUCAAAUGUAUUAAAAAUUUAACAUGGGUGGACAAAAAUUUGAAUAUGAUGAAAGUGGAUCAACUUUCUUUUACUUUGUUCUAUCUUUCCUGGCUCUCAUAUUAGUUCCUGCCACGUUUUAUUAUUGGCCCAGGAAAAAGAAAGAAGAUCCCACAAAGUUAGCCGAAAGAUGUCAAUGUCCAAAUUGCGUAAAUAAACAAAUUAUCAUAGAACAAUCACAACCUUACAAGAGUGUUAAGAAUUUUUUUACUAAAUUGGCAAUCAUAUCAGGAUGGGUUUUACUUGGGUUCUUGGCUUACAAGGUGUCACAAUUUGAUUAUGAAAUGUCCAACUUUGAUCCCUAUGAGAUUUUGGGACUGCCUCCUGGGUCUACACAAGCAGAAAUCAAGAAAUCAUACCGUAAACAAUCUCUUAUACUCCACCCUGACAAGGAAACUGGUGAUGAAAAGGCAUUCAUGAAGCUAACUAAGGCUUAUCAAGCACUAACGGAUGAUGAGGCAAGGCGUAAUUGGGAGAAAUAUGGCAAUCCAGAUGGUCCAGGAGCUAUGAGUUUUGGAAUAGCACUGCCUAGUUGGAUAGUUGAAAAAGAAAAUAGUGUUUGGGUUCUGGGACUCUAUGCUCUUGUGUUUAUGGUGGCUUUACCAACAGCUGUUGGUACAUGGUGGUACCGUUCAAUCAGAUUCUCUGGGGAACAAGUUUUGUUAGAUACAACACAAAUGUAUUUCUACUUCUGUCACAAGACACCAUCAAUGCCACUGAAAAGAGCCCUUAUGAUCCUUGCUGCAUCUUGUGAAUUUGAUAAGAGACAUAAUUCCGAAAUCAUAGAAAGAGUAACUGAUAAUGAAGAAGUUCCUAUGUUAUUACGUGAACUGCCAAACUUGGGUGAAAAGAAUAAGGAACAGCCGCUGUGUCGUCCAUACAGCAUCAAGGCUCGUGCGUUGCUGCACGCUCACUUGUCCCGCAUGCGCCUGCCUGUUGAUACGCUCGAGUGCGACCGGCGCUACAUAGUAUCGCGCUGUCCUGAUCUCAUUGUGGAAAUGGUUAACUGCGUCAACCAACUUAUCGCCCUCGCUUAUGCAAGAAGAAUACCCCGCUUACCAACAAUAGAAACUAUUGAGAACUGCAUGAAGUUGUCUCCCAUGAUAGUGCAAGGGCUUUGGGAGUUCAAAUCGCCUCUUCUUCAGCUGCCAUACAUCACAGAGGACCAUCUCAAAUACUUUACUAACCGCAAGAAACAUAUUAAAUCAUUGUUACAACUUGCACAACUCCCCGGCGAAGAGAGGCGACAAGUUUUGAGGUUUCUAAACGAUAAACAGUAUGAUGAUGUCAUGAAGGUUCUAGGAAAUAUGCCCUACAUUCAUUUCCAAGUUAAUACAGAAGUGAUUGACGACGAGAACUCAACCGUGGUGACUGCUGGCGCUAUUGUGACUGUAACGGUAUUCUUACGGCGAACCAAUAUGAAAGAGCUGUUUGGAGACACAACUAUUAAAGAGAAAAAUAUCAAAGAGGACGAAGAAGGCGGUGGUGAAAAUGGCGAAAAAAUAGAAAAUGACAAAAACGAUAAGAACGACAAAAAGGAAACGUUUAAAAGGCCUGUGUGGAUGAAACAAGCGAAACGACACGCUCCCGCUAAAAAAACAAAGAAGACAGUCGCGAGCAAACAACAAACCAAGGCCGCGCCGCCGUCCGCCACGCCGCCGCCGCCCGCCAACGACAAAAAACCCAAGGAACCAAAGAAAAAGGACGACGACGGCUCGGAAUCAGAAAUGGGCAGUUCAGACGAGAUGGCGUCGAACAGCUCCGGGUCAGAGGACGAGUCGCGCGACAAGUCGUCGGCGGCGGACGACGACGACGACCAGUGGGACAAAUUCCAGAAACGGAUACAGAAGCGCGAACGGCUCGAGGGACGUUCUAAGAGCUCGCACCCCGUACACUGUCCAUACUUCCCACAGGAGAAGCAGGAGUACUGGUGGUGCUACAUCUGCGACCGUAAGUCGCACACGCUGCUGACGGCGCCGGCGCACGUGACGGCGCUGGUGGCGGCGCACGAGCUGCAGCUGCGGUUCACGGCGCCGCGCUGGCCCGGCCUCUACACGCUCGCCUGCUGUCUGCGAUCUGAUUCUUAUAUUGGUAUGGAUCAGCAACAAGACAUGAAACUGGACGUGAAGGAAGCGGCCGCCGUCCCUUCUGAACAUCCGCAAUGGGAUCUUAGUGAUUCUGAUACUGAUAAUAAUGAUCAGGGUGGCAACGAAAGUGAAUUCACAACAGACGACGAGGUAGAAGUAGACUAACAGAAGAAAACUAAGUUAUUUUUAUAGAGUUUAUUAUCAAGGUGCAUGUGGAGUCUGUCGUGCAGUCAGAGAGCGAGCGAGAAUAUAUUAUUUUAUAUUCUAACAAA